GGAACCCGCCAAGCGGACCCUGAAAGGCGGAGGUCUUUCGGCAUCACGCAGUGCCUCGGAGACAGAACGGACCCUCCCGCAGAUCGCACUACGGCGCUGUGUCCCCGGUAGCCCAGAGUCAGUCAAUCGAAGGGCAUGUGAUGGAUGACGCCCCGAUGCGGUCUGCACACGACGCCAACAGCAGCAGCAACGAGGCGGAGCUGCAGCCGCAACCGCCGGCGCUGCCGCUGUCCCAGGUGCCUGUCGAGGACCUGACUCCCGAGCAGGCGAGCCACAUCAUCCACUCGCACCGCAAGGUCCGCUAUGGAACCGCGUGUUGGCCGUGCCGGCAGCGCAAGGUAAAGUGUGACAACAAGCACCCUUGCGACAACUGCGUCAAGCGCGAGCAUCCUCAGCUCUGCUCUUACCGGCCAAACCGCCCGUCAGCCGCCUCGGCUGGCACUGUUGCUGCCGCUGGUGCUGGUGGUUCUAGUAGUGGCCAAGGCAUCACAAACUCCCAUGACAGCGUCUCCUCCUCGGACGGCACCACUGCUGGGCCCUCUCACUACGGCAGGAAACGGGCUCGCUCGAUAGAUGUGUAUGACCAGCAGCAUAAACCACAAGAACAACAACAUCACCACAACAGCCAGGUCAGUGGGAGCAAGGAAGAGCGGCCAGACCAGGGGGAAUGGCCGCACGCAGCUUCGGCCGACGAUGAGCCAGAGACGGCCGAGAUGUCGCGGUACGUCGGCCAGAACAGCAUCCCUGCCCUCCUCCGCGACCAGCCUUCGCCCAUGGAGACAAAGGGCGGCGUCGAUAUCCGUCGUGACAUGAGGCCCAUCCUCGGCCUCGACAACAGCGCCGCGUUCCCCUUGAUGUCGGCGAAGCAUCUCGACCGUGUGACCCAGGACAUAUUUACGCAACUGCCGUCGGACAGAGAGGUUAUGAAACUAUUCAGAGCCUACAAGGAGGUCACACAUCCCUUUUGGGGUUUCGUCAUCGAUAUCGACGACCUCGAGUCCCGCAUGAUGAUCUACCUGGAGGAGAGGACGCGCAGCAACUCGAGUGUGCCCAAGUCCUCCCGGCCCGUUUCGGCAUCGUGGCUCGCAAUCCUCUUUGCGGUGCUCGCCGUUGGCUCCCAGUACCACGAUUCCCCGUAUCAUGUCCGCACGAGGGACUCGCAGCGCUAUGUGCAGAUCUCAUUUCACUUCUUGCAGCUCGGCAACUUCUUGCUACGGCCAAACCUCGACUCAAUACAGGCUCUGCUCAUCGUGGGGUUUGUGCUUCUGAACGACAUGAAAGCCGAGGGCUCGUGGGCGCUCAUAGGCAUGACUUGUCGCCUCGCACAGUCUCUCGGGCUGCAUCGGACACCACCCCUUGAUGACGACAUGUCGCCCGAGGCAGCCCAGAAGAAUUUUGCGCGGCGGAAGUUAUGGUGGACUUGCCAAUGGCAUGACACAUUGACUUCAUUAUCAUUUGAUCGACCCAACAUGACAAACAUUCAAUGCUGUCCCAUCCCCUUGCAGCCAAUCUCGUCACCAGACAACCUCUCCUAUCUUGAGGCCAUGUAUCACCUCUGUGAGAUCAUCUCGAAGCAGCUCAACCCUGAUGCCAUAGCCAACUCAACAGCCGAAUCUAUCCUCAGCAACUGUGACGCCAUCGAGGCCUUGCGAGGUCGAAUGCACCCGCAGCUUCGUAGUAAGGAAACCUGCAAAACCGUCGUGGACCGCCUGCAAUUCUUUGCCCUUCGCCUUCAUACAUCUUUUGUCAUCUCGGUCUGCUGCCGACCAUCUCUGCGGCAAGAUAACGACACCAAGCUCAGCGAGAGCGAAAAGAAGAUGUUGUCUGAGAAGUGCAAGGUCAACCUCGCGGAGACAGUGCGUAUGUUCCUCGCCAUGCACCGCAUCUCCAACAUCCCUACACGCAGCUGGGCGUUCACCUACCACGGCUUGUCAUCGGCAGUGCUCCUCGGCAUCAUUUCUGGCGCAGAAAAGAAGCAGGACCCGGAGAUCCGGGGGCUUCAGGGCGACCUGAUUGCCGCGCUGUCAGCUGCGGCGGCGAGAGACUCGACCAGUCCCGCUGCAUCUCAUCAUGAUAGCAACAUCACGCGCAGCGCGCUGGAAAUUGAGCUCAGCGGUCCGCUAUCGAGGGCUCUGCACGCGCUGAAGAACAUCUACGACCAUGGCACAUUGCAUGGAGCCACUGCCGCAGCGGCUGCAAUGAAGAGCGAGGCUGCGUCGAGGACGAGAACACCCGUGCCAGGCCAGGUUUCAGCGCCACCAGGGACAGCGGUGUCUGGUUCCCAGAAUGUGUAUCCGCACCACCAGAGUCAGCCACAGCAGCAAGGCUUUCCCGAAUCUCAGCAGUAUCAGCAGCAACAGCAGCAGCAGCGACAGCAAAACUCCCAGCUAUCCCCUCCGUCAGGCCAGUCAGAUCACGAGUUUGUUGAUCGACACCAAGACGCCGCGCUGGCUAUGGCCGAGCUCCAGAAUGGAAGCAAUUUCUCAGAGUUUCCGGGGGCAUAUUCUGGUGCUCUCGACCACCAACAAGUAUCUAAUACAGCAGCGCAGCAGAGUACAGUCAUGGACUUCAAUGGCAUGGACGUUUCGGCUUUGGCGCCGAUGGAGCUCUACGAUUCCAUCUUUUGGGAAUCUCCGGACCCGUUCUACACCGGCGUAGACAUGAGCUUCGACUUUUCCACGCCGCCGCAGCAGCACCAGCAAGGACGGACGGCGAGCCAGUCUUCCGCGCAUCAGCAGCAGUUUUACUUCUAAACGUGGACUUGAUAUCUUCUCGUGGCUGGUAUCGGAUCCGUGUUCUGAGUGUUGGGGCAUUUCUACCACCCGAUUUUCUGAUUCCUUUGACGCUGUUUGGUGUGGCCAAGCAUUCAGCUUGCUUUGGCGUUGAUAUAUUUUACUAGCAUGGCGUUUUUCUGACAUCUACUUGGAAAGGCCAAAAUCUUUAGCUCAUAGAUUUGUGUGAAAGUUCAACGAGAGUUCAAGUGCCGGAAUUACAAAUGCAC